AUGAACUUUUGUUUGUGUCAGUUUUUUCCUCCUUGUGAAUUUUCUUUCUCUUCUUCCAAGUUUUUUUUUAAUUCAUUUGCUUCUUCUUCCUCAUUUUUCUUCUUUUUCUCACUUCCUUAUUUCUUAUAUCUUUUCUCAUCGCCAGUUAUAUAUGUCACACAUUCAACUCUCACUCUCGUUUUGUUUUUCUCUCUUUCCCUUGCUAUUAUUUUCAUCGUAUAUUUCUUCUCACCGCCACGUCUCUCUUCAAUUUGUCCAAUUUUUAUCCUACUCUUUUCUUUUAAGAUUUCUCUUUCCUUUCUUCCUUAUUUAUUGUUUGACGUUUUUCUUUGUAUUUUUCACUUUUAUUCUCUGUUGAAUUUUAGUUCCAGUUCUGCGCACCCACCUUUCUUUUUGUUCUUCAACUCUUUUGUUUCAGCUAAUUUUCUUCUUUUUUUUCUUCUUCUUCUGCUUCUUUUUUGUUUCUCCUUCUUCUCCCUUUUGUAUCUUAUUCUUCUUCUUCUCCUUUUUGUUUCUUCUUCUCCUUUUUGUUUCUUCUUCUUCUCUUUUUUGUUUCUUCUUCAUCUUCUUCUUCUUCUCCCUUUUGUAUCUUCUUCUCCUUUUUGUUCCUUCUUCUUUUUCUUCUUUCUGUUUCUUCUUCUUCUUCUCCUUUUUGUUUCUUCUUCUUCUUCUUCUCCCUUUUGUAUCUUCUUCUCCUUUUUGUUUCUUCUUCUCCUUUUUGUUUUUUCUUCUUCUCUUUUUUUCUUCUUCUUGUACUUCUUCUUCUUCUCCCCCUCCUCCUUUUUGUUUCUUCUUCUUCUUCCCCUUCUUCUUCUUCUUCUUCUUCUCCUUUUUGUUUCUUCUUCUUCUCCUUCUUCUUCUUCUUCUUCUUCUUCUUCUUCUUCUUCUUCUCCUUUUUGUUUCUUCUUCUCCUUUUUGUUUCUUCUUCUUCUUUUCUUUUUUGUUUCUUCUUCUUCUUUUCUUUUUUGUUUCUUCUUCUUCUUCUCCUUUUUGUUUCUUCUUCUUCUUCUUCUUCUUCUUCUUCUCCUUUUUGUUUCUUCUUCUUCUUCGUCUUUUUGUUUCUUCUUCUUCUUCUUCUUCUUCUUCUCCUCCUUUUUGUUUCUUCUUCUUCUUCGUCUUUUUGUUUCUUCUUCUUCUUCUUCUUCUUCUUCUUCUCCUUUUUGUUUCUUCUUCUUCUUCGUCUUUUUGUUUCUUCUUCUUCUUCUUCUUCUUCUUCUUCUUCUUCUUGUUUCUUCUUCUCCUUUUUGUUUCUUCUUCUUCUUCUUCUUUGUGUUUCUUCUUCUUCUUCUUCUUCUCCUUUAUUGUUUCUUCUUCUUCGUCGUCUUUUUGUUUCUUCUUCUUCUUCUUGUUUCUUCUUCUUCCUCUUCUUUUUCUUCUUUUUGUUUCUUCCUCUUCUUCUUCAUGCAGUUCAUUUUCCAAUAA